AAAGUCUACGUUUUGAAUUUGUUAUUUGACAAAAGCACUUGUGUAUAUGACUUUUAAAAUGUUUAAUAAAUUUUUAAUAAGUUGAUAAGCUUUUGCGAGUAUAACUCGAGUUAAUUUUUAUUGAGUUGGUUAAAGUUUCUCAACAACCUUUUUACAAAAUGUUCAAAAAAAUGUUUUACUGGUUUGGUAAUCAAACAGAAUCUUAUAAAUCUGGUUUAGGAGAUAUAUUUGAUUUUGAAGGCGGUGAUCAUCCAAAUUAUAAGAAUGAUGAAGAAACUGACUUACCGAAAUCUUUACAACACCCUCUCUUAACUAAGGAUCUCAAAUUAAAUCUAAAUUCUGGAGAAUUGAACGAUAUGCUUGCGGACUUUCGAGCUCAUGGUGGUUGUGUUCCCAAGAGAAAAGUUAAAAUGAUACAACUAGAGACAGAUUUAAAUCCAGAGGAUAAUUUAUAUGAAGUCGUACUUCCUUUACCGAAGAUUCAAAUGAAUACUACCUCCGUAUCAUCAAAGGAAAACUCAUUUUCAGACACAUCAUUAUCUAUACCUGAGCAGAAAUUAGAAGUGAUAGCCAAAGAAGAAGACCCGGGCUCCAUUAUUGCAUAUGCGUUGACUUCAGCUGAUUAUGAUAAACAACUAACUGAAAUACUUCAAGGUGCAUCUAAUGCUCCUACGACAAGAAAAAGAGUUCUAUCUAUCGAAAGCAGUACAAGUUCAAGCAUGUCGGAGGUUAAAGAUAACGGACAACUUGAAGUAUCAGGAGGAUUCUCUUCAGUUGCAUUUACUUUCAAGGCUGCUAACAAUUCGACCGCGAUAAGUCCUCAUAUCGACAUACAAUUCAACGAUUCCACCACUAAAUACUAUUGUUGUGUUUAUUUCGCUGAAUAUUUUAGAUCACUUCGUUCCGAAUUGAUUCAAACUAACCAUUCAAUGUCUCAAUCAUUUUUAUCAUCAAUUUCAGAAGAAUCUAUGUGCAAUGCUACCAAUACUACCAAUACAAGUAAUACUAGUAACACUAGCAAUACCAGCAAUACUAGCAAUACUAGAAAUUCCUCAUCAUCUGUUAACAACAUUGAAUCUGUAUCCAAUGCAUCAUCAAAUAAUUUGACUGAAGAAAUUUUUAUCAAGUCAAUUUCUCGUUGUAUUCCUUGGACAGCUUCAGGUGGUAAAAGCGGAGCUACUUUUUGCAAAACAAUCGAUGACCGUUUCAUCUUGAAAGAGAUGUCUAGACCGGAAUUAACCUCUUUUCUUAAAAUUGCUAAAGUUUAUUUUGACUAUGUUCUAAGUGCUUUUUAUGAGUCCCGACCCACCUUGUUGGCUAAAAUCCUUGGCGUUUUCAGGAUAAGCUUUAAAAACAGUUCAACUAAUAAUGCAAGCAAAAUGUAUUUAUUGGUUAUGGAAAACCUGUUUUACCAACGCAAUAUAAGCCGCCGCUUUGAUCUCAAAGGUUCUGAUCGUAAUCGCUGGGUACAUACUGAUGAUCCUACCAACGUUGUUUUACUAGAUGAAAAUCUGUUACAGUCGAUUCGGAAAUCGCCACUCUAUAUUAGACCCGAUUGCAAGAAAAGAUUAACAACAGCCAUUGACAAUGACUCUCUUUUUUUAUCUUCCCACUCUGUUAUGGACUAUUCUCUUUUGGUUGGAAUCGACCAAGAACAGAAGAGAUUAGUAGUUGGUAUAAUUGAUUACAUUCGACCUUAUACUUGGGACAAAAGAAUCGAGAUGGUUGUCAAGUCAGUAGGUAGCCAUGGUAAAAUGCCAACCAUCAUAUCUCCUGAUCUCUACCGAGAGCGUUUCUGUGAUAAAAUGAAUCAAUAUUUCCUAUGUAUACCUGAUGGUUAAUCAUAAACUCACAAAUAAAUCUUCAUACGAAGUCUUAACCAAAGAAGUCCAAAAACUUAAGUGAUAUUAUGGAAUUUGACACUCCAUUCGCAACUUGUUGUAUGUUCCAGUAAAAAAAAUACUUUUGACUUUCACCACGAUAA